AUGGAAGUGGAACCCAUGGAAGCAUCAGCCUCACUGCCUCCAGCGGCAACAUCUCAGUCUUGGGAGGCAAGGGCAGUGGCAGAGGAGGAGGUGGCGCCCCCCAGCAGCACGUCACCCACGGCUCGUGAGGUGGAGGAAGAGUUGAUUUUGCCCGCUUCCACCUCCCUGCAGAGCGAGGAUACAGUCUUCCCGCACUCGACCUCCUUGGAAGGGGAGGAUGAGCUCCCGGACAUUUCCCUACCCUCCUCGUCUGAGUGGCCAGAGCCUCAGGACACGAGCCUCAGUGAACCAUCCUCCAUGCCGCUUGAGAGUUCCCCUCUCACGUGCUCCUCGUUUUCACUCUCACCGUCGCCGCUGUCCUGGAAGGAGCCCUCCAAUGGGCUGCCACCACAACUGGAAGAGACAGAAGGUCGUGGGGAACAUACCGGCGCCCUGGCCAGGUUGGGCCCAGGCGAGCAGACGAAAGCCAAGAAGAAGGGCCCGCCGGCCAAGAAGGCCACGCCAAGCUACACGGUGAGGACCAUCGUGCCAGCCGAGAAGGAGGAGCUGGUGUCAGUGGCCAAGGCCAUGCACCGAGAGAAAUUCGCCAAAAACACCAAGGAGCUCUUCCACCUGGAGAAGGAGGCGGCCCUCAAGUCCAUCCAGACAGGUCUCUACAUCGGCUGGCGCUGUCCUGAAUACCUUUGGGAUUGUUUCCGGGUGGGUGAUGAGUCCAAGUGCUUCUGUGGGCACCUGCUGAAGCUGCACCAGGUGUACAAACGAGCCACUGUGCCCUGCACUGUGGCAGGCUGCCAAUGCCAGGGAUUCCUCUUCGUUCCUUCCCGCCCCGAGGAGGUGGGCGAGUUCUGGCUUCGGAGAAGAACCGGCUUUGACGUGGCAGCCUGGCGAGCCAAAUGCCGGUGCACACACACGCAUGAAGAACACACGCCCAUCGGAGCACGGAGAUGCUACGUCCGAGGCUGCUCCUGCAUGGCCUUCGCCUCCAGCUUCCUGUGCGCAGCCUGCGACCGACGCUGGGAGGAGCACGAAACCUUCUUUGAGUCAGAGGAGACGCGGCGCAGAGGUGGCCGGCCUUACGGAGAAGCUUACCUGCCCUUUACGGAGCUGCCCGAGCUGCAUGGGGUCGUGCUGACGGGGCGCGCUGAGGACCCUUCCGCCUCCAGGGCUCUGCAGGGCCAGGCCUGUCAGGCCCUGCCCACCUCCUCCGGCUCAAGGGCUCUGCCUCUUCCCCCCCCAGGACCCCGGCGGUUCCUGCAGAAAGACGACAAGAAGGCUUGA